ACAAUAUCUAUGGUAUAUAAAUAAGUAGUGGACAUAAUAUUAAAUUAUACAUUGUCAAUAAAUAGAUUUAUAAUCAUUCAAAUUCCCCAAAAUACCGAAACUUUCGAAUUCAGCUACAUUUAUCGAACCCCGAGUGGCUCGAGGCUACAAACAUUUCCUUUAUACGAAAAAAGAAUAGUAUCGAAAAAGUUAAUUUCCCUCUAACAUGGAUUCACCGUAUAUUCGAUUCACGCGAGCUCCAGAAUUGCUAGUCACGGCACUGAGUUUGAUAGCGGCGUCUGCGCAUGACCGCGGACCCUCGCCAUAUUUAAUUUUUCCCCAAAUUUUGCGAGCGCUUAACGUAAAGAAAAUCACACGAACAAAGAUCGUUCGCGAGCCGACGAUUGAUUCGCGUAAUUCGUACGCGAGCACAGAAUGUCGUCGAUCACGUUGUCUGGAAAAUAUCGUGCGAGAAGCGACGGGGCGCAGGUCGCGAUACUCGCGUGCAUCCAACCCCCGCGGAUUUUUCCUCGGCCGCGCGCGAUUUUAUUCUGCGCAUGGAAAGCAAUUUUGCCCAAUCAUAAAUAGGGCUAUUGUGGGGGGAUGGUGUAUGCUGCUGGCGCAUUUCAUACAUCCGAGUGUAAUGGUAACCAGAUAGAGGCGUCGCGCGGGGCUAUCAGCCGAUGGAAUAUGGGAUCUGGAGUCUUCACGCCGCGGGUGAACUUUGGGGUGACCCGCGUCUCGCCCGAAGGCACCCGAUUCUGCCACCAAGCGCGACGCAGCUGCUACCAAGGGCAGCCUUCGCCCUGAGCGCCCUUCAUCGGCCAGAUAUGGUCCCGUUACCGCUUACAUCGCCCGGACCACCCUACGGGCCCAUGGAGCUGGUCACGAAACCCUCCGUCGCCUCCAGCGACGGCGACGUCGAGAAAAAGGACUCGGAGCGGGAGGACGACCAGCAACCACUAGACGACAACGAAGGACACAUCGAAAAUCCAGACGAGAAUGAUAAUCAGAUCUCCGUACCAAAAGAAAACAACGACAACGAAGACGCCGGGGAGGAAAGCGACAGCGGAAGUACAAGCAGUUCCCACCGUUCGGCUAACAAUAAUCUCUCAACGAAGCUGCUUGACCCGAUGGCUUACCUUGCUUUCGAUAAGGAAGGAACUGUUACGCCGGUUCUAAAUGGAUGGGUCCUCGGCGCAUACACCGCCAUGUUGGGAAGACUAUCUGCGGCGACGGCGGCCCUCGAGGCUACAGAGAUCCCAAACAUUCCCUCCGACAGCGACUCAGAGAGCGAACAUUCGUCUUACACCGAGAAGUCUCGAGGCAGCAGUCCAAACGUGAGCAACGCUCAUCGCGGUUACUCCUGCGGUUCCUGCGAAGUGGUGGCGCCGACCAGGCCCGCGUUGAGGAAGCACAUCGUCGAUUGUCAUCCGCCGGUCUCCAGCACGGAGUCAGGAGAAACGAAAAGCUGCCCUUCAUCGGGUUGCGACUUCAUAACGAGCAGCAGGUGCGAGAUGGAGACCCACGUGGCCGCGCACGUGGCACAGGGAAUGACGCCGACAGGGAAAAAGCGAAGCCUGGCAUUGCAACGCGUCAGGUAUAGAUACGAAAGGGAGGAGUACCGUUGCUCGCUCUGCUCGUACGCUUGCACCAUCGAGAAGGCAUUCCAAAGGCAUCUGAGGGCACACGCGAAGGGCCCAGCACCCGAGACGAGGGUGAGCUGCGCGGUUUGCGGAGCCGACCGAUCGUCCGAAGUCGAUCUCAGCAGACACAUGAGAAGGCAUCGCGACGAUCGCUAUUUCUGCUGCGAUAUUUGCAUUUUUCGCACGGUACAACUGAAAAAGCUCAUUCAACAUCGACGGAUGCACACGGGCGAGAAGCCUCACCUUUGUCCGCACUGCGCGUACAGAAGCGCCCGUCGCGACAACCUACGAAGCCACGUAAGACGAGUCCACAAAAAAGAGAAUCUCUAUUGCGACACGUUCAGUCCACGAGGUAUGUUGUUAACGCCCACGAUCGGAAGGGACACCCCGCUCGUCCAGAGUCCAGAACCAUCGCCGUCCUCGAACACGGAGUCCACCAACUAGCGAAGCAACCGAUCGAAACACGAUCGUCGUCCCCUUGCAACGUCCUAACUUUGUCAAUACUUCGACCUAGGUGUUAGAAUCGCGGAGGCGGAGGUUUUACAUCGGCAAAGCCAAUCGUGCCGUCACCGUUCAAGCUGCUCAGAAGAACGACGUCCACGUCGACGAAGAUGUCUCGAGAAACGAUAGAAGAGACUUCGCGUUUGUUUCGAUUUCAUUCCGAUAUGUUUCACGAAUACUCGACUUUUCUCGAAGGGAUAUUUAUAUUUAGUUGUGCCACGUGUGGCGGUCUUUUACAAAUUUCAAUUAUGCAGAUAGACGUCUUAGGGUGAACCAAAAGUUCCUGCGUUUUUUACAUAGUUUCAGUUUGUGCUAUUCUUUGAAGUCGUUAAAAUUACUUUAUAUGCGAGUGUUGUAUAUCAUUUUGUAGCUUUUGAAAAUCUCUUUUGUAUCGAAUUAUUAGUUAAUUUAUUGAUCGUUUAAUUGUUUUUCGUUUUAGUAAAAUCGUGGAAAAUUUUGGAAGCGAAACGAGCUGAAAAACGCACGAACUGUUGGUUCACCCUAAUAGAUAUUUUAGCAAAACGUUGUAUAGCGUUUAACUCGUUGGAGCUAGGAGUACAACGUUUCGUAAAAAUGUUUAAUUUUAUCUGGAUAAAUGUUAAUUUGACAAAAACCGCCACGACGUAUGGUGCAACCCAACGAAAUCGCUGGGCGGCAAUCUUCUCGAGACAAAAGUAAUUGUUGCGCCCACGGAUUACUGCGGAGGCAGUGUAAAUACGUGAGAUUUGUUGUCUGGGUCAGGUGGGAGAAUCAGUGACGGUUCGAGCGGUCAGAAGUUGACGAUUAGCGAUAUUCACGAAGAAUGUGUAUUCUUGAUGACGCUAUAAUUGCAGACAAUUCAUUGAAAGCUCGGUAGACUUUCGCUCGUCACUUGAAAGUGUUUGAAAUCUUGCUUUGGCACAGUUCUGUAUAUAAUUCUAAUGAAGCACUGGAGAACGAAACGUGACGCGGAUAAGAAAGACAAAACGAGUGCAACUUCUGACUAGUGAUGAUAAGGUUUGCCCAUAGUAAAUAAGAAACAUAUAGAUAAUUGCAUGCGAACAUCGAUAAUUUAAUCUAAUCUUCAAAUUCUAACGAAAUCUUAUAUUAGUCGAUUUAAUUGUCGGAAUUCAUCCGUUGAUCAGACGAUGAUGAACGGGAAUAAUGCUGCGCAAUGGUGCUAGAAUCGUAGACUGGAUUUACAGAGAAAUUUCCUUUACUUCGUUACUAUUGUAGAGAUGCUUUCAAUUCUCACUUGAAGUUCCUAUUUUUCUACUUAUUCUCAUUUUCGAGAGUGUCUUCUAUAUUUAUUAACGUAGUUUUUCGCUACACGAAGCUUAGAUUAAUCGACCAGGCCUGGUAUCUUUAUAAUAGUUAUGCUACGGUGAAUGUGAUAAACGCGGUGACUAUCCAUAAUCCCCAGUUUAUCACAUACACCGUAACGGUUGCAUUUUAUUGCAUUCUCUGUGUUUAGGGAAGCGACUCGUUGCUUUCGUUGAAGUUCUUCGAUUAUUCGAUUCCAAACUUGCUUCGAAUGAUCGUUUCUCUUAUGUAUUCAAAUGGGACUUGCUCUUUGCAUAUAGAGAAAUAGGAAUUAGAAUAAAUAUAUUCGAGCAAUUGAAUUUUUCCGUGCCACUCGAAAUAGUCGAGCUACUCGAAGCGCAUUCGAGUGUUUUAAUGAUGAAACCUGAUCACUUGGAUUGUAUUCGAGUCGGUUGGAAAAACCGAGUUGCUCGAAGCAUUCGAGUUCUCGGACAGCUCUAAGUGGAAGACUGAAAGUAGAAUCAGCGUCAUCGUCCUUUUGAUUCGAACGGAGGAUCGUUAUUGAAGACUGCUAUUCCGUACCGAUGGCCAAGAGACGCUCGUGCACCCCAAAAUUCUAAAAAAUUGAGCUAAUCAUUCAACCAAGUUAAUAUUUUAAGUAGUAUAUAGGAUAUGUUUCGUAUCCUCUAUCUGGAACGCGCUCCUCCCUGUUUUUUGAUCGUUCAGACGAACAAUCGUAACAUCUUCCAUCGACGAUCAGUGAGCCAUGCCUUCUGCUUAUUUUUGAUUGGCAGUCAAUGAACCGUGACACGAGCACAGGUUAAAAUGAUCCAAGAUACACAACCGAUGCCGGUAUCCUCUGUAUCCUCUGAUUACUGAAGAACCUAACUGCACUACUGUCCAAAUAUCAGAGUAUCCUAUUCAAAGUUAUAAACCCAGAUGCCUCUGUUAAUAUCGACUACGAAAGCGUUAAAUAUCUCAAGUACCGCUCUAAGGUUCUAAUUGGACACCAGCACGAGAUCUCUGGCCUACGCGAAAGGUGCUAUUUUGCAAACAUAAUUUUACUCUCGCACCCUCCUGUAUCGUAGCUCUUCCUACGCAUUAUAAUUGUCCGAGCUGUAAUUAUGAUUGUUAACCGUAUUAUCGUUAACGGUAUACGCUGUUAUUAUUGCUAAUUAUCAUCAUUGCGAUUAUUACGUUCAGCGUGGUAACGAAAACGCGGUACCAUUCGUAACGCGGUGGUAUCGCGUUUCGCAAACAGUUAUGGCGUACCAUAUGUUCGUUAACCGAGGGAAGAGUGAAUUUUAUCAAAUUUCAUAGAGAUAGCGAUAAGAGGUUCGAAAGUCUUCUGCUGUGGUCAAUAAGUGUAACCCCCAAAAAUUACAUGGGAAACGAUAACGAUACUUUCAAGUAACAUCAUUUAACGUUUUUACAUUAGCCAUUCGAACGAUGGUUCAACUAUACGAAGAGGACGAGAGAAUGAUUGAUUAGCGAUAAUUAUACAGAGUGCAGGACAUUUUCCAACGAAUCGUAAACAUUUCGUGUGUCUCGAUUAAGUCGUAAGUCGUAAGUGUGAGCCAGCGAGCAGAGUAUGGUUGUCCCGCGGACGCGAGUUUUCGUUGCGCGCACUCGCUUCAUAUUCUAUCCUCACUUAACGCAGGUUAGACAUAAAUAAAUGGCAAGUUUUUUCCUCGUUAGGAUCGAAGACCGUCCCCAAACGAUUCUACCGUACAUUUUCUGCUAUAUAAAGCAGAAGAAAAAAAAAGAUGGAAAAGGUGGGAGAAGAGGCGAUAAGGCCGAAGCCGAUCCAUAUAACAUAAAUGUGUGUCAAUUUUUAAUGUAUCAUAACUACGUUCUAGCGGGUAACGGAUUUUAUGGGGAAGAUAACGAGGCAUUGUAAGAGGAUCUAUGCUCUUCGAUGCGCAACGUUACGGCCGCGAUCGUAAGCUACGUUUUUUCUCGUCCGAGACGCCUGUAUUCGCAUUUCAGAAAAACGAAGAUCUGUCCCCCGAAGCGACUGAAUUUCUUCAAGAUCGUUACGAUUGAUCGAAACCGUGAACAAAUUCCAACGAAAAUUGAUAAUUGAUUCUUUCUUCGAACUGUCGUUUUCGGCGUAACUUUUGUUCCUAAUUAUUUUAAGCAGCGUGUGCCUGUCCACGUAGUCAGUUCAUUUUUUACAUCUAUUUUAUUAGAAUCGAUUUCUGACCGCUUUGAAUUCCCGAUAACGUUACCGAAUUUCGAUCAAUCGUAACUACAAUUGCAAGCAUUACUAAAGAAAAUUAUACGCACUUUUCUCUGUACGCGUACGUGUACAGUACAUAUAUAAGGUGUGACGUGAAUUGUAGUACAACCGGAAAGGGAGUGACUACGCGUGUAAAAAUAAGUCGGAAAUGUGGAACACAUCUGGUGUUUAUUUAUAAAUAUCAAUCGAAUCCCGUGUUAUCUAGACGCCUGAGCGAUCGACUUUUAAUCGUGGAAGAUAUUUACUUCUUUUGGUAUGGAUUACGUCAUUGACCUCUUCGAAAAGAAAUUAUUUCAUUCGAUAUAACUAGGCCGUGGAUGUUCACGCAAAUUCAUAUUUUUAUAAAUACAGGAAAAGAAUUUGAGCUUAAAUAAAAAUUUGUCCCAUAUUCUAAACGGUGUAACACGUGUGUUAUCGUUGAUAGCUUAUAUACUUUUGCAUUUAUGAACAUUUUCAUUCGUGCAUAAAAAUCCGCAGUCCAGAUAUAACUUCAUAAUCAAAGAUCAAAUUGGAAAAGAGAUCAUGGGGGCCAAAGCUAUCAGUCCAGUCUAUGCAAAAAAUACGUCCAAUAAAAUACAAAAGAAAAUUAAUUACGAACUUACAACGAAUAAAGACAUUGCGGAUUGACUUAUUCCUCAAAAUAAAUAUUCAUUCGUCCAACGCGAUAUUUAAUUUCCGAACGGAAUUUCUAUCGAUCGAAUAAGAAAUUUGAUUAUCUUCGUCGCAGAGGAAAUCAUUACCCGUUUCAAUUGUACCACGAAUCACGUCCACUGGUCCAUAUUCUUGCUUUUGAUAUAUGUGUACAUUGUAUUUAAAUGAUACUUUAUAUUUGUAAGGGAUUUAUUCCACGACGGCAUAUGUAGCGUUUACGCGACACUUUUUAUAUGCAUGAUUUUACAUGUGUGUGCUAGCGGAGUUCCCUUGUUGAACGCGUAGAGGGAGGCAGAGCUGAGGAGGAUCGUCGUCAACCUUUCGUUUUUUCGGACUUUCGUAAACGCACAUGGAUGGGAUGUGCUCUCCUACGUGAGAUGUAAUAUUUUUGGUACCGGACGCACUGCGAUAUCCCCCGACGGACGAUAUCGCGGAACGACGAUUGUUGAUUGUUGGGUAUAUACUGAUGCGUUGUGUAUCGUACACGAUAACGAUAUUCUAUUUUUGAUAACCGCUCGAUUGAUUAUUCCAUUUAGAACGAUUGGUCCACGGCCGCGUUUAGAUAAUUUCUAGCCUUUAAGAUUUCGCGAGCGUAUCCGAGACGCAGACCGCGUCCGUCGCUUUCCUUUCGUUGACGUUGCAUAAAAAGCUCGCCCAUGGACGAUUUUUUCACGGGGAAUAACGUCAAGGACUCAGGAUCCUCUCGAGCAGCGACGGGACCGAUCCAACGAUCCGCUCGUUCCUACUCAAACUGUACUCGUACCAUUCAAUUUUUAGUCGUUCGCCGCGAAAUAUCUCCAUCUGUUAUUUUAUCGUUUAGAAUGCAACUUUCGUGGAACGAACAACGACUCGAGAAUCGUUCACCUUUAAUUCGUUGUUCGAAAUUUAUUUGUUACCAUAAAUGCGGCGAUUAUGCAUAAUCCACAGUUUAUUACAUUUACCGUAACAUAUUCGCACGAAAAUUUUGUCCGUGUUCGGUCCCAUCGCUACUUUCGAGACGAUGCGAGACGCACGAGCAUAGGUAAUCACGAUCGUUGCUUUAAGGAAUUGCCUUUCGUGAAUGGACGUAGAGCCUCCUCGAGCCGAGUGACGAUUUAUUGGCAUUCAUAUGUAGUAUACGGUGUAUAUACCAGCGGGUGACUUUGAAGUUCGAACGCUUUACAAUUUACACGUUGCGACCCUAUAACUUUGCCCAUAAAGAUUUUCUUGCGAUUUUCAGGUAAUUGCGAUACAUACGCCAUUAAAACGUCGAGUCUAGUUAUCAAAAGUAUAAAGUUAAAAAAGCUUUACGCUUUCGUUAAUAAAACUCGUUUCGUCGAUAAAAAUGCUUCGAUGCAAUAUACCUCGAUCAUUUUACCCUUGGACAAAGUUAUAGAGCAACAAAUAUAAAAAUUGCAAAGUGUCCGAAUAACAAAGACACUCGCUGCAGUAUACGGUGCAUAUAUGCGUGUAACAAAGGUCUUUUUAUUGCAUCGUAUCGUUCGAGCGAUCGAUCUCAGGUGCGUCCGAGGAUUUAUUCGAAUUAAUUCUAGCCAAGCUCAUUGUUCGUAAAUGUCGUGCCAAUAGUAAGAGAUAAUGCGUGCCAAGAAUAAAAAAAAAAAAAAUGAAAAGAAGAAAUAAAUCGGAGGAUGAAAAAAAUACAACGCCAAGCAAGAGAUCGGGGAGAAGGAGUGUAGCGUUUUAAGUGAAUGAGAGAACAGAGAGACGGAGGCUGCGGACGAGUAGAAUCGCUCGAUCGAGUAUUUUCCUCUGUUUCUUCCGUUUCGCUAGUCGAUUAAUUAGACACGCCAAUCGAUCUUAUAUAUAUAUAUAAAAAAAAAACUAUUAUCAGAACGAAAAUGCUCGUCGAGCGAAUUUGUCUCGUACGAAAUACGAACUAGUUGUUACAAUCUUUUAACUGUUGAAUUUUUGCAGUAGAUGGUAAGUGUCUUAACGUAUACCUUAUAUAUAAACUACACGAUAAUAUAUUCUAUAUUAAUGUUUCUUAGAUUUACGUACACGAACGAUCAAUCGCGGGCUUUCGUCGACGAUCGUCCAAUCGGUGACGCUCUCGUUUGAAAAGCAAUAUUUCGCGAGCUACGAAUUUAUUCUAAUUGAUUGUCGCGCCAAUUUUCGCCAAAUUUCCUGAUCGAUUGGGCAAAACGAGAGGUUCUCUCGGCGAUUAUCCACGCGAAGCCAUCGGGUUGGUCGAUUCUGGAAACCUUCGAGGAAUUGACGCCUAAACUAAAUUACGAGGUUAGAACGAACGUUAGGUUCGACGAAUCUCUCGAGAAAGAACCGGGAUUCGAGUCGAGGCAAGAUUAUUUUCGGUUGCGUUGACACGCUCGAUACCGAUGACUCAACGUGAUGUAACGAUAUCAUUUCUUGACAUCGAUGGCGAUAAGAGCCGAAAAAUUAAAUUCGACGAGCAUUCGUUCGAACUUUCUUCUAGUCUCUGUUUGCAAACAAGUGUAAAACUAAUAGAAGUACAUGUAGGAUAAAAGUACCUACGAGGUUUAUUUGCACGAUGAAUCAUGAAAUUCUUAUCUUUUUGAUUGUACUACUAUCGGUGUCAAGAUAUAUAUCGAAAAGAGAUCGGCAAGAUUUUAUUCGAUCAAUACGCAACGAAUAUGUUACACGUAACAAUUUAUUCGUGACGUUUACGCAACCGAACAAACUUUUAUAUUCGUUCGAUAUGAAAUGGUUGAAAUUCUUAUUUAAACGAAGUUUACAGAAACUAGUUGACGCAUCUUGCCCAAUUCUAGUCUCGAGUGUGUCGAGACGCGAAUCGCGGUAAGUUUUUCGGUAAAUUUUUCAAACGAGAGGACAGGUGCUGAAUUUGUCGAAGGACGUCCGGCCGAACGUCUUAAACAUUAAUACAAUCUAAAUGUGAUAAUAUAUUUGCUAUUGAAUUACGACGUAAUUAAUUACAUUAUAAUUAUUAACGACGCGCGAAUCGUACGGGAGAAGCGAGCAAUUUUAAGGAGUCCGUCUUGACACGAGUGAAUAAGCGGCGAACGUCGAGGCGAGGCGAUCGACGAGAUUAGGCUUUUCCUUUGCUCCAAUUAGGGAUGCUCGAUUCUCGUGGAUGAAAUCGAUUCUGGAAUCAAUUUUAGCUUACAUAUUUAUGUUGCGUGUAUAUCGGAUAAGUUGGACAAGUGGUAGACAUAUUGGACAAGGGAAACACAAUAAGGAAAAAAUAACAUGAUAGGCGCGUGGUUGGAAAAAAACGAUGAAAUGGAAUUAGAUAGGGCUGAGGUUUGCCUAAAACGAUAUUACGGAUAGCCAGGCCACGUUCGAUGAACGAUAAAUAAUCUUACAUAUACACGUUUCUGAAAAACGUAAAAGUUCCAGCAAAUAACACUUGCUCUUGCCGUAAGGGAGAAAGAAAUCCACGUUUUACGGGAGACCGAAAGAAAUCAAGUGUCAGACAUUCCAAAAUAGAAAAUCAGGUGUAGGAGCGGUCGCUUUAACGAGUUAAAAAUCACGUGUGUAAUAUUGAUUUGAAGAAUCGUUUUCUGAAUUGAGCAUCCCUAGCUCGAAUCGGACAUCGUACGAGAGCUUCUGGCGACCAUCGAUCGGCUUUUUGACAAGUACAAAGUACUCUGAUAACUUAUUUUUUGAAUUAUCGUAAACGAGAAGAAACCGAUCACGAGAGGAAUGCUAAUCAUAGAGGCGCGCCCUGUUCAAAUGUACGGUCGUUCGAGCGCGUCGGCGUCGGCGUCGCCUCGUCCCGCGCGUUCGCGUUCGAUCGAACGCAACUGGCAAAUCUGAGUCCGGAUUUACGAUUUGCUUCAUCGUAUUAAGUAUGAAAUUAUAAAAAUGGCAAAAAAAAAAAUGAAAAAAAAAAACACGAAAAACGAAGACUCUUGCGCUCUACGCAUAUAUAUAUUAUAUAUAUAUAUAUAUUAUAUAUAUAAAUGUAUGUGUAUGUGUGUGGGUGUGCCUAAAGAUUUUCUCUUCGGACUAUCUCUUUCACUCUAUAUUUACCGUCUUCUCGCCUUCUGAUCUCUGCCACGUGUUCCCGAUUGUAGACAAUUUUGGAGGGAAAACGGGGAGAGAGCGGAUCGCCAUGAUCGAUCGUUAACUGACGAAACGAUUCGACGCUCCGUCGAACGAGGAUUUAUUUCGAUUCGAUAGUCUUCGGUUUUUGUAGCAUUCUUCGUGCAUCUUUCAAUUUACGGUAGGCUAUACUGAUUCUUUUUAUAUGGAUCGUUUUACAGUUUCAGUAACGUAACAGAAACAUAAAUGCAAUAAUAAUAUAUAAGGAAAUGAUUUCUCUUAGGUCUUUUCAAAAAAGAGACUUAUUACACGUGUAAGUGUAAGUUACUCGAGUAAAGAAAGAUUCUGUUUGCUAAUUAUCAUGCUUGUUCGGUGUUUCCAACUUCGUUGCGAUUCUCUCAUUGACUAAACCGUUCUAAAUCUGCACAUUGUGUCGUAUCGUUAUUACUUAUUAAUAUCUACGAGUCAGUAACCUUUGAAACAGUCCUAUUACAACGACUACUAGUUCCUUAGUUUUUUCGUUUCUCAAAUAUGUCACGAAUACACAGAAAAUAUCGUCAGUUAAGGAUCGGCUGCGUUGUUUAACAAUUGUCUCUCUGUGUUCCGGUUGUACCUAUAAUACACAUAAAUAUAUAUAUAUAUAUAUAUUCCAUCGAUCGUUCCUCUUGAUAGAUGAAAGUCGCGAUGCAAUUACGCGUGUGCACGGCGCAUAUAUAUAUAUUUAUUAUAUUUGCAUAAACGGUGGCAAGCGAUCUCGUCGGCGACAGUAUACGAAAGUAUGUACGGACGUGUUCUACCAAUUUCCUUGGCAGGGAAUCGGAGAACGAACAUUGUACGAUUGCCUGAGGCUCGCACGGUUGAAUAUUUUUUUACGGUUCGAACGGACAGCGAGAGACGCGGAAUUUUUGGGCUCUGCACACUUUAAUCCGUGAACGAACGCUACAACGGUAAGGAUUUUAAAAACGAUUACACCGCGAACGCUUGCCACCGGGACAACCAACCCCUCUCCGUGCAUCUGCUCGACGGCGAUUCGUCGAGGAGCGUCGCGACGCUCAUCCUUAACACCGUCCCAAAGUUUGUCGACUGUUCUAUCGUACUUUAGAUUAAUAACAUUGAUACGUGCUCGUCGGACGCUCCUCUCCGUGAUUGUACAGUAAGUCAAACGUGUUACCAGUAACGACUCUUUAAAAAUUGCUUUUUCGAUAUUAGAAAUACCGAAACAUUUAUUUCUUUAAUACCGAGAUGAAUCGAAGACGUUAUAAUUGAUACUAAUAUGGUCGAAAGCAGUUUCUAUCGUUGAAGGUUCAUUCUGAACUUGAUGAGGGUCGAUAUUUCAAUGAUUAAAUCCCAGAAAUGCACAGUUUCUAAAAGGUCAUUCCAGGAGAAAAAAAUGUCUUCUUCGAAAUCAUUUCAAUUUGAUCUAUAGAAUUUUGUAUAUUUCUGAAUCUGUUUUUAAUCGUUUAGACGUUAUCACGAAAUCGCCUUUCUAGUCGCUCGUAUAAAAAGAAGCCGCUCGAAAAUAUUCAAUCCAGUUGCUUUAAACGUCGCCCUUAAAUUAGCGCAACCAAUUGACAUAAAUGACACGUUUGCGCACUCUACACACGCUACACCGACGAAUUCGCAUCGUGAUGCACACACGCACUCACACGUAUACGGAUUUCGAAGCCCGUGCACGCGCGUGUCGCGUACUCGUCUUCUGACGUACGUAACGAUCAAUCUUAAGGAUAUAAUUAACAAAAAAAAAAAAAAACAAAGUAAACGAAUAAACUUGUCGUCGCCAUUGUGAUUUAAGGUAGUAGAAUCCGCCCUGCGUCGUGUCACUCAAUAUGCAGAUUCAACCGGCGAGCCUGGUCUGUUUACUUAUAAUUCACAAUAAAGUGGCCAAUUGAUAUCGGCCACUCCGUAAUCAUCGUUAACAGUGCUUGUUCGGUUCUCAGUCGUUCAUUCAUCGCGGCUUCCGUUCCUUGAUAACCGGUAUCGUUUACGAUUCGCUGAACGAACGCUUCGUAAUUAUAUAUACAAUACGUAUCGUACAAUUCGUUUGACGGCGAAACAGAUCGUUCGGUGUGCAUCUGCAUCGAGGACUCUCGGGGCAACGUUUACCUGUUUGUAUUGCCAAAGUCACUAUUUGACUUUGGCGCGAUAAAGUCUUAAUAAAGGUUUCAUUAAAAUA